AUGCCAAGAAGUAUUCCCGACAAAGAUCAGGUUCCCGACCUUGUGAGCGACCAUGGUACAGACAGUUCUGAUAGCGAAAAAAAGAAGAACAAGAAAGCUAAGAAGACUUUGAAGGCGCCAAAGAAGACUACGGGGAGCAAUCAACAUUCUUCUAAUGGUGGAGGAGGUAGCCGCAGCAGUGGUGCUAGCCAAAGAACGUAG